AAGACGGAGGUAGGAUUGGUAGAGGAAGAGCGAGCGCGGCAGGGAGAGAGAGAAGCGGACAGAUACGAUCGGCGCGAAGAUUUAGUCAACAACGCGCGACCACCUGUAGUUGUAGCUUCCAGCCACUCCUGCGAGCAACCCUUUCUCUCCGUGUCGCGCAUUCCGCGACCUCGUCCGUCCCAUCUCGCGGUAGCUGAUCUGCGCUGAUCCGAGAGCCAGGUCCUCCUUGCUCUGACGAAGCAGCUGACGACCGGGAAGCUGGCACGAGAGACAGAACAGACAGACAGGUAGAUAGGCAUCGCGGGGGUCACCGGCGACGACCCUGCGCCGAUAAUUGGCGGAAACGGAACACGAGAGAACGACUGCACCAGCUCCGUCCAACGGCUGCGACGGCGACGGCGUCGGAGACGCUGGCGAAGCAGGAGGACGAACACUCCAGACACCACCAGAUCACCCGAUCCUAACACUUCUCGUAGCAAGCUGCCAGGAUUACCAUCAAAAUGAAGACCUCAUCGUUCUCCUUGCGAGUGAUGCGCCGGGUAAGUGCGUUGCACAGCGUAAAAGCUUUCGCACACCGUCGGUAAGUCAUGGCUUUUUCUUCCUUGAAAGCUUCCCUUUCGGACAUGAUGCUGUGCUGUUGCUCCACCGGAGAAGCUACCUCCGGUUCCUACCACGCCAGUCGGUACUAUCGAGAAACGCACGAGAAACAUCCUCCGAGCUGUCAACGGGUUACCGACGCGUUUACGUCACCCGGUAUAUGUCGGUACCGCGUUACUGUCGUACUACUCGCGCACACGAACAUUACGUACAUACAUACAUACAUACAUACAGCACGCACACGUACUCAGAAUCACCCUCGCCCGUCCGUCCGUGCUUGUAUGUCUGCUUGUACGUUUGUGUGUGUCCGACAGCCCCCACACCCCACCCCGGCCCUCGCCACCGCUUCGGUACCCCCUUAGAAAAUGUUCGAUGUUCCGCGCAAUCCUUUCCCUUUGUUAAGCAUCAGCAGGUGGGUAUGACAACUUCAUUCUCUGGAAGAAACUUACACACCGGCCGCGCGACACACGAUCAUCUAUUAUGCAUUUCGUCAGACUGAUUACAUAUCGACGAGUUAGACUAUGGAUCGGUAAUUGCAUUUUAUAAAAGUUACAUAACGCGGCCUCGACCUUUAAACAGCCGCGAGUGAUCCGACGCGCGGAUCCGUCGCGCGCGAUUUGCCGCUCAUUACGCUCGGCUUUGAUUGUUUGUUAAUGCCAUCGAGAUGGAUAAGCUCUUGAUGGAUAAACCGCUCUUAAUUACCGCGAUGCGCUGCUAAUUGAAAUUGCGACUAUUAUUUCUAUUACUCUAACAUUGUCAUCGGUCGCUGCCGUCGUCGUCGUCGUCGUCGUCAUUGUCGCUGUCGCUGUCGCUGUUGCUUUCGUCGUUGCUUUAUAUUUACAUGAUAUUUGGAACGCGGACCGUGAUUUAUUGGUAAAUAUUGAUCCCCGAGUAUAACUCGCGUAUACAGCCGAGAGAGUGUCGAACCGCUUAUACAAACUCGACCGUCCAUACCGUAACACUACUACUUCGUAAUACCACACUACUUCGUAAUGUAAAAGUGGAAUGGUCAAACUAUUUUUUGCCGCCAUAAAGUGUAUUUAUGGCACACGUCUUUGCAUAAUCCGUGAUUUCGAUUUGCGGCGCAGAAAUAGAUGUAGAAGAAUAGAAGGAAAAUACAAGUUGCCAUAGUCUGCUCAUUACAACCUACGCGCAACUACAUCAGAGACGUCAGACAGAAGGCAGAUUUCCCCAGACAAACGCGAAAUAGUUAAUUAAAAUAUUGCAAAUGUAUCACAUUAAUGUAUAAACUUCAUUACCAUAAAUCCUUUUAAAUCCCUAAAUAAUUGCAAUUUACAAAAUGAUACCUAAAAAAAAUAAACAAUAAUGAACACUUGACUAUGAAUUUAUUCAAUACGUCAAGAAAAUUAAAACUCGAAGGAGAAGAAUGAAGAGAAGCGAAACAAAUAUUUCCAACAAUCUCACUAACUUUAAAAUAACGCUAAAUUUUCAGACUACCAUGUUACUUAUUAUUCAUAAGUACUAUAAAUAGUGGAGCUACGCGGAUGUACCAUAAUAAUCACGACUGCGUGAAGGAGACACCCCAUUCAGGCCGGCAUUUUAGUAACAGCCGGCCAGCAACUCUUUACAGUCUGUCAAUGCUGAUUUUACAAAGUGAGGGAUGAAUGGUGGAAAAAAAGGCUCGAUAACGAGUGGUCUACGUCGUGGCGAGACAAAGCGAAUCGCGCAAAGCGAAAAUGUCAAGAGAACGCGAUAAAUCUCUUCUGUCUUGCGACUGUGGAUUUUCUCGAGGCUGCGAGUGCGAUUGGCGACGCUAUUCGUGUCGGUAUGCCUUCGCAAGAACCCUCAGUAGGAAUGAGACACAUCUAUCGCCAUUCAGCACAGUACGAGCGAGAUACAAUGGGAAAGCGAAGGAAUUCCCGCAAGUAAUUUACGUAAUGUAUAGCACGAUAGCUCGUUGACACAUGUCGAUAUUUGACAAUGGAAGAUUCACAAAGGCCCGUGGCAACUCCACGGAACUUUACCCCGUUUGCCUCCGCUCGCAGUGAUAUAAAGCGUAUUGUGUUUCAUUCGCUCGAUCGCUGAUGAUGUAUUCAAUUUUUCUUGAACAAUCGUCCUCUUCUCGCAGCGCGUUCUCUUCUGUAACCAAUUGUUGUUCACGUCCAUUAUUUGCAAGACGCGCUGAAGGAAAAUAUUGUGCCUUUGUUGAAAAGAAUUUUACGAAUGAGAGAUCAUUUGUGAUAUCUCCGGGUAUAACGUGAAAGGCAGAAAUUAAAUCGAAAUUGUGUCACCUACUAUGUGCAAAAUUUGAAAAAUCUCUGCUGUCCGACAAUCCUCAUUAAAACGUUCACAUCGAUAUUCGUGUCAGCAUUCGCUAGUGCGAGCCCAGCGCCGGGGGAUGCGGUGAGAUUAAAAAAACGGCAUGAACGUAACCGGAAGGGUCCGCAGGGAAAGCCCGGCGCCGGAUAAAAAUGUAGGAUUCUCGUUGCUAAGUACCAAAAUGAAAGGGUACGUCGAAGAGAAAAGGCAACAAGGUAGACACAAGGAGGAGCGAGACAGAAAGGGUGUGCGGGUGCUGGCGGGGGUGAAGACGAGGGUGCGGGUGCGGGUGCGUGGACCUGCGCGCGAGCGACCGCCUGGAAUUCGCAGCAUUGGAUGCGCGAGGGCGCGUGGUGGAUCGAGGGUGUCAGUCACGGACUACCCGGUCAGCAACGAGCACAUCGAUGAUCGUAAUUACGAUAACCAUCGCCUGAUCGAGUCGGACGCAAAGACGCGUUGUCGCUCACGAGCGUAAUAUCCCGCCACGGAGAUCCCCGUUAGAGGCGCGUGAAGAGCGAUUACUUCCGUUGCGCGUCCCCGCGAACAGAACGGAACGGAAACGCACGGGGGAACGGAAGUGCCGACCCGGGGGUACGGAACCACCACGUCACGGCGGGGCAAAUGUUCCCGACGAGCUUCCGCGAGAUCCCGCCGCCGCCGAGCAGCUCGCCCUCGAAAAACUGCCGGCAGAAGGAGGAUUUGCGCCGGCACCCUCGCCGGUUUGCUUCCGGUGCAUCUACUUCCGGUCCGACCGUCAUCGCCGUCGCGAUGAAGUGAGCGUGAUCAGGCUCGCUGGCCACCGUCGACGACGAUGCAUCGCAACCAUUGGCUGUGCCCGCAUCCAAGCGCUUAAAACGUAAUCGAUAGUGUUCAACCGAUCGUCGCGCGUCGUCCACCAACUGAGACAACCAGAAUCUCAACGAGAGAGUGAAAGUUUGCUGAGAGAAAAAUCGAGGAAGGCUGAGAAAGGAAGGAAAGCACUUUGAAAAAGGGAGAAUAAAGAUUGAGGAGGGCGAGGCGGUGACGGCGACGAGGACGGGAACGAAGAGAGAAACGAGGACGAGGACGAGAAUAGGGAUGACGGCGAUGACGAUGCGAUAGGCGGUAGUUAAAUGAUAAGAGUCGCGUGAUAAGAGGAAUAGUGUGAUCACGACGUAUAACGUUGGUAGCCUUCACAUGAAUGAUCGUACGCGACAUAUGUGCGUACAUACAUACAUAUAUUUACAAAGGUAAAAUACAUACGGGCGCACAAGUAUAUAUGGAGAUACGAGAAAAUACUUGUAAAUAUAUUGCGAUACGCAUACGUAACUAUAUAACACGCGCGCACGCGGGCGUGCCGAUCGACAAGCAAUAAGAGCAAUAAACCAAGAAAAAAAAGGGAAUUGUUAUCGUAUUACACGUACACGCACGCACGUGCACUCAUCGAUUCGGUGAUCCUUGUUAUUACUGUGUUCGAAAGAGCUCGUUAGUCGCUAAGAAAAUCACUUGGCGAGUUCACGCUUAUUUCACCGGGACCGUCGAAAAAGAGUGCGCCAAGACGACAAGAUGGCGUUCGCCGCGGCGAGGAUGAUCCUUAAGGACAAGCGCAGGAAACCUAGCAAAGAGGACUUCGCACCACGAAACAGGAGCAAGGCUCGCAGCGCCAGCACAAGUAGCUUUAGAAGCCUGAGCCAGGCUCGCAACAAACCGGCGGAUGGUGUGGGUCAUGUAAACCAGAAAGGUGCUUCCGGUCAGAAGGCGCCGGUAGCUGGUCAGAAGGUCCCGCCGGGUGCUAAGGGCGCGGCGAAACCAACUCAGAAGUCAUCGGCUCAGAAAGGCCAAGUGAAAGUCACACCUAAAGCGGCCUCCGUGAAGACCGGCAAGAACAAGAAGAAGGGACAGCGACAACAAUAUGAUCUCAUCGUUACCAUUAAUCUGUCCGAGUAUGGACUCACAGAAGAUCAGGUAGCAGAAUUCAAAGAGGCAUUCAUGCUCUUCGACAAAGACGAAGACGGCACGAUCACGAUGGCGGAAUUAGGGGUUGUCAUGCGAUCUCUCGGUCAAAGACCAUCGGAGACGGAACUGCGCGACAUGGUGAACGAGGUGGAUCAGGACGGAAAUGGCACCAUCGAGUUUAACGAAUUCCUGCAAAUGAUGUCGAAGAAGAUGAAAGGCGCCGAUGGGGAGGACGAGCUUCGCGAGGCGUUCCGGGUGUUCGAUAAGAACAACGACGGCUUAAUCUCCUCGAAGGAGCUGCGACACGUAAUGACAAAUCUCGGCGAGAAACUGUCCGAGGAGGAGGUCGACGAUAUGAUCAAGGAGGCGGACUUGGACGGCGACGGAAUGGUUAACUACGAGGAAUUCGUGACGAUUCUAACGUCGAAAAAUUAGUUCAGAGAUCGGAGAGGGGCAGACUCAGCGAUACCAGAGAUAUCAGAGAAUCACCGACGGAUCGACGGAAGGAAAAGACGGAUCCGCCGGCCAGGUUCCUCGACUUUUCAGGAUCGCAACGAGACCGAGUCGCUUCGUGCCCCGUAGAACGGCAACAAUGUCGUCGCCGAGUGAAGACACUCCGAAGUAAGAAUUCCAGAAGAUCGAGGUCGACGGUACCGUGAAGAUCACCGCAGCGAGUCGUACGACGGAAGAUCGCGCAAGCACACACCGAUCUUACGAUACAAUCGGUGCUCUGAAGAAGAUGAAGUCAGGAGGUGCACGAAGAAGAUCACGAGUGCGACGAAGGUCUGCGUGAGUAGAACGCAAAGUAGAACGCCGGAAGAUACCUAAGGAGAUUUAAGGAUCGCUCGUUCACGUCGAGCACGCUUUUCGGCUUUGACCGGGGUACCGAGAGGAGAGGACUUACUUCCGCGAAUUGCACAUACGUACACGCAUUAUAUGCACACACACCUCGCGCUCCUUCGAACUAAUUUUAGAUGAGUACUUUAGGCGUAACGUAAUUAAACAGUAAAUAAACAGGGGAGAGGGCUCGAGAAGGCAGAAGAGGAGGCAGGAGAAGUUACACGUUUGAAAGUUAAACGUCGAAAAUAGGAAAAUGGUAAAGGGAGAGGGAUAGGGGGCGCGACCCGUCUCCACCCGGAACAAUCAACCGAACUUUGUUUAGACUUUUACGUACCCCUAAUCUUCACGUCUCCUUCAAGCAACGUUACGGAGCGACUUAGAAGUUAACUAGCUUUCCACGUCCCCUUGAGCGCUCCCGCGAGAGAAAGUUCUGGAGUAUACUCUAGUAUAUACUCUAUAUAAUAUAUACAUGAUAUGUUUACACGCAUUAAAUAUAUAUAUAUAUAUAUAUAUAUAUAUAUAUAGAUAUAAUUAUUAUACAAUAUCUCUCUUUCGCGUCGCGUUUUACGCGGCGCCCAUGGAGAAGGUACCGUAACUCCGAGUAUUUUUACUGCUUGUACUACACGCAGCGCGCGUAAAUCGACGUAGAACCAGACACAUACGUUUCUUCAUCUUAUCGCCGCUCUCUCUAUCAUCCGUCAUCGUUUUCUCAAUCUCUAGCGACUUGAAAAGGCGGGCGCACUCCGGUGACUCGCCAGCUAACACUUCCGCUUUUGACACGUAGCGUUUACACAUGCCCAUCGAUUACCGGUGCGAUGCCGCGUUUCGUAAUCGAUCAUUCGAUCGCUGAGCGAAUGAGUGCUCUGGUUGAAAAAGCGCUCUGCCUGAAAUUCAGCUAAUUACCAUGGGGUACUCGAGAGCGGAUAGUCUAGCAAGGGGAAGCAGAUAUUCUAUCUGUGCACACAGGGCUUUAAAAAGCCUUUGGUUAUUGAAGAGAUAUUGACAGAAUAAAUUAAAGAUUACUGGACUGAUGUCCGGUGAUAUGUUAGAUGAGGAGAAUUCGAAGGGAUGACUACGGUUGUGUGUGUAUGUGUGUGUGCGUCCAUGCAUGUGUGUAGGUGUGUAUGCGACAAUCGACAAUCGCUAGUUGCAUUCUCAGUGACCGUACCUGCCUCGAAUGCGGCACUGGGCUAUUCACGGUCAGUGAGCAUGUGGCAGUGGCUUCUGAUGAAGAUUCCGAGAGAAAAAGAGAGAUUCAACCAGGAUGAUUAAUAGCGCACGAGCCGCACCAGUGGAUCCUUCGCUUCGCAAACGAGAAGAAGGAUUCCGGCGAUGCGAGGAUGAAGUAAAUGGAAAAAAGUAGCAAGUGGAUGAGGAAGAAUGUGGCAGGACGCGUUUCCGCUGGCGCACGCGCAUUAUGUCGUGGUGUGUGUACUUUUAGACGUGUUACGUAAGAGAGAGAAAAAUGAGAAAUCCUGCGCGUUAGCACGCGACGUAGACGGUAGUACCUAGCGAUCAUAUAACGACAAGAAGAAAAAUGAUUGCCGCGAAUUAAGCAGCGGGGCUGUACACUUAUACUAAUUAUUAUAUACUAUAUACAUGAUGAUGUUGCUACCAAAAAAAGAAGAAAAUAGAAUACAUUGUAGAUACGUACGUGUACGUACGUGUGCACUCGUGUAUGACUGUAUACGCGUGUGACACGCAUGUACAUACAUAUUAUAUAUAUAUUUAAUAUGCUGUAUGUACAUAUGUCCUCCGCCGCCCGCGCUCCACACACAUUACACGUACGCACGCAUGCACGCGCGCAAUUAAUCCCACCCGGCGCCGCGGCGCGAGGAAGCGGAAGUUGAAAAGAUCGGUAGCGCGAGUAGCGAGAGGGACGAGAAAUCGAAUUAAUGUAAAACAGCGAUGCGCGUUUUUCGCGUACUAUCAAUCGGAGCGAUUCCGUUACACUUUCUCGCACGUUUCGUUACUUAUUGAAUCUCCGUUGUCCGUAUCGUGAUUGGUACGAUCCUUCCGUGCGCUUGCACGUUGUCUUAUUCGAUCUAUCGAUGCACGAAACUUUGAAAAUUUGCACGCGGCAAAAUGCUAAGGCUACUCUUGUUACUCCCGAUUGACUGUACGUGUGUGUGUGCGCUAUAAAAAGUAAAGUGAGAUUAAAAAAGUGAGUGAGAGAGUGAAUGAGAGAGAAAGUAGAUGAAUGGUAUUUUUUAGAAGAGACUCCGCGUGUUUCGAGAUCCGGGCAACUCGAUCUUUCCAACUUUUCUUUCCAAGUAAGAGUAAAUCGUGGAUAGCCGAUUGCGGUCGCGAACGCUCGCCGGACGAAACGAGUGAUUGCACAGAGCUAGACAAUAAUUCUGUUGCUCUCUAAUCUGAUUAAUCGACGAUUACGUUACGUUUGACGGCGAGCAGAUCACUGCGAUACGGCUGUGCAUUCUUAUCGACGGGAUUUCAAGUACAAUAGCGAGAUAAGCUGAGAAGUUGCCAGAAACCUCGCCAUGCCGGGGACCUCGAAUAACGAAUAACGAAUACGAUCGCUUAUAUAAAAUGCGUACGACGCGAGAAGAGAGAAGACUACAACGCAUAGCACGUUACCUUCGUAGGCGAAAGCUGUGAUCCAGAGCCAUUGAUUUUUCGAGUAGCUAGGAAAAGCUGGUUGGUUCUCCGUUGUGAGUAGUCUAGAUCAAAUUUUGAAGUACGAUCCAUUUAAGCAAGAGAUGUUUGUAAACUCGCUGAGUAAUAAUGAUGAGUCGACGAACGAUGUACCGGUCCUGAGAACUUCAGAAUUUGAUUUACAUUAUCUUUACAAAGCGAGCAGCUCGCACCUCCGAUAGAACACUGCCAUGAUGCUCGAUUACGAGGCAUUUGACUUGAAACAAGCAAGGAUAAUUAAUAUCAUUCUCAGUAAGUCCUAUCUAAUGUCUCCUCUUGACCAGUUCAAAAAUCACUAUUAUUAGAUCACUACUUCAGAAUAUCUGAUCUAUGGCAGUCUUCUCCCGAUGGUGCAUUGUAAUUUACGCGUGAGGGAAGCAGGAGAGUAAAAAGAAGAAUAUAUCGCGUUCGUUCGCAGCACGAAGCGUCAUGUGUGCAUCGCAAAGCAUACACAAAGAUUAAAGAUUGAAGAUUGCAGAUUUUGUUGCGUCGCACAGAAGCGCCUCGGCACGCGAACGCACAAGCGCGAGGACAGAUCUAGUCGCGUUUCUGACAAUAAUAUAUUUUCCUAGUGCUCAUCUCGGAGCGAGAUGUCCCACCAAUUGCGCCAGUGUCUUUCUUUCCAGCGAAACAUCCACCGUUCCACGACAACGCUGAUUACUAAUGCUUUCUGACCUACCAACACCAGCCUCGAGAUGAUCGACAACGCUCUUUGUCGCUCGUGGACGAAACCUCGCUCUCUCUCGCGCUCGAUUAACGUAAUUAAUUAACGUAACACGCGAGGCUCGAAACACUGCGGAGACCCUGGAAGAUUUUCGUGAACACGCGAACGAAUCAGCACGGCGAUACUCCGAUAGAUAAAGGGGAAGGUAAAGGCGGCUUGAUAAUACGUCACAAAUAGCAAUGUAUAACGUCCUAACGACAAUAUCUCUAAUGGUUUAAUUGAGAUAAUUCACUGGUGAAGCAAAUGUAUAACACUGUGGUCCGCCCCGAAUGUUAAAUGUAUAUUGUCACGAGAAUUGUGUACCUAUACACGCCAACUACGACAAUGAUAGGGCUACUCGCACGUCGACAGCACGUCACGCGCUUAGAUGUAGUACCGUUUCUUCGCGUAAUCUGCCCGCCGAGGAAAGUUUUCGUGCUAAUGCCCCCCAUUUUCGAACGCGAUGGUACUCUAGCAAGGUGGACCCGCGAAUCUAUAAUAUUAGGUGUAUGCAAAAGUUUUAGUCAUUUUUUGCACGUUUUUUGCAAAGUUAAAUGAAACGUCGCGUGCGGAAAAACUUUCCAGCUAAAGUCCAAAAUGAUUGGCUGAAUACGAAAAGCGUACAUAGCUUUUCAUUGCUCAUUGCGUUCACUAUCGUUUUUCAAAGUUAUAUUAAUCAUUCUAUCAUGACGUAUGAGGGUUUAGAAAUUUUGGUGCCAACUCUUCAAAAACGUAAAAGAGCAAGAAUUUAUUUGAAGUUUAAAUAAUAAUACCAAAGCGUUGACAAAAAAGAUUAAACUUUUGCAAAUCUAAUAAAUUCGCUUGCGUUGAAUUGCACAAAAGUUCCGAGUGACACCGUGUACAGCCCGCAUGUGCAGUGAAUCCGCUCGCAAUUUUUCGUUGCAUUUACUAGGCGCGUGCAUGUCAAGGUGUAUGCGAUGCGCGCAGAUAUGAGUACAAAAGAGCACCAUCGACGUGAGCAAACGAGUUUCUGCACCGUGUGAUUUUGCAAGAACGCGUCCUCUGAAUCGCAAAUAUACAUAAACGCGAGACUCUCGCGUGUACAUGCCCGAGAUGCGGCUUUGCAGUCUUAUGUAAUUACAUUGCGAAUGCACGUUGCGUAUAUGUUCGCUAAGGCAAUGAUUGUCCUAACUCUUUCAGGGAUCGACAAAGCCAGCAAACAUUCGACAGACGUGCAAAUUAUAUGCAAUUUGGUGCUUUUUUAAAGAAAUUGAGCCUUUAUUUCUUGUUUUCGAAAAAGGAUCAGCUGCCCGAUAAAUGGAGAGAAAUAUUAAAAAAUGAUGGCGAAUAUUUCGAAGAUUGACGUUCAUUAUUUUUUUGUAAUAAAGGCUCAAUUUCUUCAAAAAAGCACCGAAUUCAUUAGCGCGCCUAAUAUUUGAAUGGAAGAGAGACAGAUGCGAUGGUUCACAGUUUCCAUCAUGUUGCUAAUAUGCAAUCGUGGAAACUGUUGCACGAUUAGUCGCCUACGUUAUGCCGAUACUUGUACGAUACAAAGCCAAUUGUUGUUAUCGCAUGGCGCGCAAGCUGUUUCAACAAUCCUUCAAAGAGUUAGGAGCUCGACGUUUGCUCGAAAACGCAGCGAGGAGUUCUCUCUGCCCCGUCCCACUCCUCCGCAAUUACAUGAAUUCUAUUUGACGCGGGAAUCGACUUCCUGGCGGACUUCGAGAUAUUUAUUGUUAUAUUAUCACUUGUUCCAAGGAAGAGAUAUUUUUAUAGAUUACACUUUGCGCCAAAUCCUGCUGUGCAGCGUAACAUCGGAUCAUAUAGCAUUACGUCGCAAUGCGUUGCAUUGCACUGAGUUGUAUUACAUUUUGUACAGGGUGUAUCAAAAGUCACGUACUUCAUUUCUGCCGUUGCUACAGAUCGAACCAGAUAAGUUUACGAGAAAAAUUAAAAAAUCAUGUUAAUUAAAGAGGAAGAUAAAAAAUUACGAAAUUUAUAUGGUUUCAAUUUCAUUUUCACACUUUGCGAACGAAGAAUUGUAAUUUGAAGCUUAAGUAUUAAAAAUUAAGAGAUAUUGGUACAAUAAAAUAGUUUGUAAUCGAAUUUCCGCUUGCGCAAGUAAUGUACCAAAACACAAUUUAUCGUCGAAUCCGUAGUACAGAAACGGUGUAAGAUGCUUGAAACGCCCUAUGUGUUGCAUUAUAUUGUAUUAUAUGCGUGUGUGCAAGUUGCAUAUAUAUUUUAUCGAAUUGUUUGGAAGCCCGGGUCCGAGCGGACAAAUGUUCUCGAUCGUCCGUCGACCUGCCGUUAAGUAUUGCCUACGUACAGGAUACCUUACAAAACAAAAAAGCUCGUGAGAAUUGAAAUGAAUUUUCAACGAACCGCGCUUGUGCGCGCUCGAGUUGUACGUGCAUUUGCAAAUGUAUAUCUCGAGUGCAAACUUGAUGGAGGAGUACGCGUAUUUUUGUUAUACUCCUAGGACACCCUGUACGUUUGAACGUUGCCCUCCAGAAGUAAAGAUGUACGAGUCUUCCUUCGAAUACUUAAUCGAGACUCUAUUAUAUCUUCUCUGUUACAUCCUGCCUGUUUUUAGCGUCCAUCAACGAUGGCGGCAUUGACUAGUAUAGAACGGAUCGUUUCGUUAACGCUAUUCUUUUGUUGUUAACGUGGGCUGGCUUAAGGGACAAACUUUUCACAAAAUUGUCACCUUCGUUAAAUACGAGAAUAUUUUGCAACGUUAAACGACGUUUUACUUAGGCAAAACAGAAUAUGUGUAAUCAAGUUGUUUAAAUGACCGUUUGAACGUCAAUAUUAUUAGCAAUUACGAGAAGAUUAUUUAUAUUUAUAUAUAUAUUGUAAAAUAUAUAUAUUUUUAUGAAACCAAAGGAUAUUUAUAUAAAAAUAGAAGGCGCGAAUAACUAUUAUAUUAACCAAUGAAUAAUUUUCAAUCGUUGCAUUCCCUUAAGUUUGACCGUGCUUGAAACUGCUGAAUUUUUCCGCGGAGAAAUCUACGCACUCGCGCACUUUGUAAAUCCAUUUCCGUCUAUUCGCAAACACAUCCGCGCGGUGCAGCAACUGUCAUUUCCCGAUCAAGAUCGCACGCGGUUGAUUUGAUCGCUUUUACGGUGCUUUGCGAUCCUACGAAACGUAAGUAUUCCGGAUCGAGAUACUUUAAGAGUGCAGCAUAUUAAGCGCGUAAGUUCGAGGCGCCUAAGUAAUCGCUUCAAAGUUAAUCGGCGUUCGACCCUGCGAGCGACGCAAGCAAGCCGGCAAGGGUAUAAUAUCAGCUAGCUUAAUAUCAAACACACGUUGGAAUACCGCAAACACGUAAUAAUCAAAUUAUAUACAUAUAUACAUACAUUGAUAGAUACGUGAGAGAACCUGAGAUUACCCUAGGCGUACGAUAUAAUUAAACGAUAACUGUUAUAAGUAUGUAAGUGUAACUAAGUUGUAAACACAAAUCGCGAGGGCUGUCGCUUCUAACAAGUGACACGAUCUUCCGUUCAUUAAGAGUCCGCGAAUUUCGUCGUUAUUAUACCGGGUCUGACACACACGUCGCUCCUUUCUUACGAAACGAUUUAUAGGGUGUGACUGUAGGCAAUUGUGGGUAGGAGAUUGUGUGCUUGGCAUGCAUUUUUGCAGCUUUGUAUCUUUUGGAUGUCGUUUGAGAAGUUGCGUCAUUCUAGUUCCUCUGCUUGCUCCGGUUACUUUCAAGCAGAUUUUCCGCAGGUAGACCGAGGACACGCACUGUCGUUGCAUUUUGAUUUCGACUACCGGUUGCGUCCGAGAAAGAGGGAUUACACGAGCUCCGCUGUCUUUCUCUCUCUCUCUUUUUUUCUCUUUCUCUCUUAUGAGUAGCAGUCCCUUUCUUUAGUCCCGCGUGGAGGAACCUCUUUUGAUCUUAAACGCCUAAACGCCACGCGAAAUCAAAUCAAAUAGAAUUGCGAGCAGGCAAUAACCGUGUUACCUACCACACAACACCGCGGUCGAGACACGACGAUGUUCAAACUAGUUGUAAUAAGGAAAUGUCUUUCAUUAACUUUGUUAAACGUUAUGGGAAGUACAAGCGCCGCGUUACUGGAUGAAUAUACGCACGUAUUCCUAUACCUAGCUAGCAGAAAACGUUUGAGAUAGGGAUCCUGGUUUCUCGUACGAUCGAGAUAUCGCAUCUCUCCGGCGAAGGAGAACCGCUAGCUGGAUUUUUUUUUCUAAGUCGCAAAGAAAGAGAAUCAUUUAAAAUUAUUUGAUAUUUAAAUAAAACGAUUUGAUUAAAUAAACUUUUAGAAUAAAUUAUCUUGUGCAUGAUGUCUCGAUGAUACUUGAUGAUACUCUUGGAAAGAAAAUCGGGGAAUUGAAGUUAUUUCUUGCAACGAUGUUGAGUCAGUUAUUGUUCUUCGAGUCGUGAGAUUGAUCAUAAUUGUUUAUUAAAAAUUCGAAAAAGAUAAUUGUCCAGUUUUGCAGCUGCGGUUUCCUCCGAUUGGAGACAAUAAUAAUCUGAAUACGAUGCGAAUAGGAAGCGCACGAAGCGAAUUGAAAUGCGAUGCGAGAGUUACGUGUUUGGAGAUCAUAAUCGAAUUGUAUUAAGAUGAUAAUGCGGAAAUACGAAAACAAUACAUGGGGAUAUGUCUAAUGAGGAGCUAUAUCGCGCUGUGAACGAGAUAUUUAUAUUUUUACUUGAGAAAAAGGCUAACGAUAACGUUUGUAACGACUAAUUCUCGCAACAAGGAAUAUCCAUGACGUUAUUUUUCUAGAAUAAAUAUCGAAAUACUUAUAUUGCGUUAUGGCGAAACGUGUUCUCAAGCGACAAGCAGGCCUAAAACGCGACUUUUUACGACGAUAGACUUAAUGCGUGUACGAGCAUCUUUGGCAAAAUACGUAUACAUUUGUUACCUAUUUAUUUUGUACUUGAUGGUGCUGUUGUACGUUACUGAAGUUAAAAUAUUCCGCAAAUUAUAUAUGUUUUUGACAGAUCGUGAAUAACUUGUCCAAGCAAUUUGUAUCCAUGUUGGAAUCUCACAUUGUUGCGAGUUUUGCUAUGAAUAUUCCAAGCGUUUAUGUUUAACGUUUAAACAGUUGCAUCCACUCAACUAUAAUUACAAACUUUGUUUCAUUUCGCUCUUGUUGCAUCGAUUUUGGAUUUGAAAUUUCCUUGCGAUCGCGUACAUUAUUUUCAUUUAUACGAUAAAUAAGAGGCUCUCUUGUUGUAACUGUUUAAAUGUUAACGUGUGUAUUUCUGGACGGCAUGUCUGCAGAAAUAUACGAAGCGCAUUGCCGCGCAUGAGAUAACUCGUCUCUAAUUGCCAUUCCGCGUGUGAGAGUCAAUUUGUUACUUAUCGAGAUGAGAAAUGGAGGCUAUUCGUGUAGAAAUAGAUAUUAUUUAAUAACUGCAGUUGAGAGAGAAGUGCGUCCAGUGCACGUAACGAGAUUUAGGACGUCUUACAACUGUUUUUACAUUUAACUGAUUUCAUUUGCAUCAUAGAUUUUACUGAACAACGAGAAGAAAUUCGUAAGAACGUUCUGUGACAGUGAAUGACGAUGAUUAAACGAUAAACUGUCGAAUGUACGUCAUGAAAGUAACAUUCAAUGGUGGUGCUCGAUGGUUUCUCGAAUAUAUUUGGCUGAAUAAUCAAAAUUUCAUAAAAAGUCAGUACUAUAUAGUAAACUGAAGUAGUUAGGCGAUAAAGACUGGCUGCAUUGGAGCUAAUAUUCAAAAAUAUUCAUCUACCGAUAAUCAAAGGAACAAUGUCUUUGAGGUAGAGGAUGAAAUGUAUACGAAAGAACGCAUUAUACAACGAUGUUACUUGUAAUGCGAUCAAGAUCGAGAUUCGCAGAAACAAAAUUGUGCUCGAAAUCAGCAGAGAGUUGUUUCAUCGCUUCAUCACCGAACGAGAUACGUACGGAUUGUUAUAAUAAUUAAUUAUCUUUCUCUUUCGUUACUGCAAUCACGCGAUGUUUUUCAAGUAAGUAAAUACUCUACUCGCGUUUUGUCCUAAAGUGGAAAAAAGUCAGACGGAACAGGGAUUCAGAAAAGAGUACCGUAUGUCUGUUUUUGUGCAUGUGUGUGUGUGUGGUGUAUGUUCGUGUGUAUGUCAUGUGAUGUUAAACGUACGCGACCAUGUUACGUGUAACGUUAUGUAUUAUAAUAUUACAACACGACAUAAAAAAGAAAAAAAAAGAAAAGAAAAAAAACAAGUGGUGAACACUGUGUACUGGUGAAAUGCAAUACAUGUAUCGAGUUGCCCCUAAAUACAGCCAUUUUAUAAUGGGA